UGGAGCAAUGCUGCUCCAUUAUGUAACGGCAUCCCAGCAGCACUUAAAGAGGCCCCCCUCUCUUUUCCUCCCCACACUGCUGCACCUUUCCCCGCUUGCUGCCUCGGAUACAGAGGUCCAUUCCAGCGCUCACACCUACAGACACAUCCUAAUGCCAACAGAUCACGUAUAAAAGGACUUAGAGUAUGAUUUUAAUCAUCACUAUUUCUGCAAGAUCUUCUUUGGGAAAACAAGGAAGCCAGUUUGUGUUUGGAACAAGGUUCAGCCAAAGAGACACUUUCUGAGAAUCCUGAUCUUCUCUGUUUCUGUCCGGCUGAUUGAUCCAGCAAAGAUUUAGAUUGGAAUUUAAAAUCAAAGAAAAAAGAGAAAAUGGUUGGUUUCCGAAAUGCAGAAGUUCCUCCAACCGCAGCUGUAAAGUUUGUGGGGGCGGGAGCUGCAGCGUGUAUCGCUGACCUGCUCACCUUUCCUCUGGACACGGCCAAAGUACGGCUGCAGGUCCAAGGAGAGGCCUGCAUCCCUGGGGCCAUGGGAGGAAAGGCUCCUGCAGUAAAGUACCGAGGUGUGUUUGGUACCAUCAUCACCAUGGUGCGCACAGAGGGGCUUCUGAGUCUCUACAGCGGGCUGGCAGCAGGGCUCCAGAGACAGAUGAGCUUUGCCUCUGUCCGUAUUGGCCUCUAUGACUCUGUGAAACAUUUCUACACCAAAGGAUCUGACCAUGCGGGCAUUGGCAGCCGGCUGCUUGCAGGUUGUACCACAGGUGGUCUGGCAGUGGCUAUUGCUCAGCCAACGGAUGUGGUGAAAGUUCGUUUUCAGGCACAAGCCAGGUCAAAAGGGGGUACAAGACGCUACUGUGGCACCAUUGAUGCUUACAAAACAAUAGCUAAGGAGGAAGGCAUGCGCGGACUCUGGAAAGGGAUGAGUCCAAACAUUGCACGCAAUGCCAUCGUUAACUGCACAGAGCUGGUGACGUAUGACUUCAUCAAGGAUUUCCUCCUCAUGUCCACCCCCAUGUCUGACAACCUGCCUUGCCACUUUGUAUCGGCCUUUGGAGCAGGUUUAUGCACAACUGUGAUCGCUUCACCCGUGGACGUGGUCAAAACACGAUAUGUGAACUCUGCUCCAGGCCAGUACAGUGGAGCCCUGAGCUGUGCUGGCGCUAUGAUAACCAAUGAGGGCCCGCUGGCCUUUUAUAAGGGGUUCAUGCCCUCAUUCUUACGGCUGGGCUCCUGGAACGUGGUGAUGUUUGUCACAUAUGAGCAGCUAAAGCGGGCUUUGAUGGCAGCCAAUCACAGCUGCACAACUUUAUUAUAAUAACUGAAGUGUUCCUGCUGUUGUAACACAGCUGC